CAACCCUACUCACUCUAAUCAAUAAUAUACUUUCAUUUCAUUCAUCUUCUAUUUUCAUACCAAAAACUCAAAACCUAGUUCAAAAAAUCUUGUUUUUUUUCCAAAAAAAAUGUUGGCAAUAUUUCACAAAGCAUUUGCUCAUCCACCAGAGGAGCUGAAUAGUCCAGCUUCACAUAGAGGACCUAAAAAACCAAAAUUACCUGAAGAAACCCUUUCAGAUUACAUUUCUACCCAUGAUCCUGAUAAUACUUUUUCUAUGAGCUUUGGUCAAGCUGCUGUUCUUGCUUAUGUUCGUCCUUACCCUGCUAAUCCACUCCAUCAACUGUUAUUUUGUGGAUAUGAUGAUAUAUAUUGCUUGUUUAAGGGGAGUUUGGAUAAUUUGUGUGUGAUGUUGAAGCAAUAUGGGUUAUCAAAAACUGCAAAUGAAGCUAUGUUGGUGAUUGAGGCUUAUAGAACACUUAGGGAUCGUGGGCCCUACCCUGCUGAUCAAGUCAUUAAGGAUCUUGAAGGCAGAUUUGGGUUUGUCAUCUAUGAUAGCAAAACUGGAACUGUUUUCACUGCUCUGGGUUCAGAUGGGGAAGUGAAACUAUAUUGGGGAAUUGCACUGGAUGGCUCUGUGGUAAUUUCUGACGAUGUAGAGGUUAUUAAAGCUGGUUGUGCUAAAUCAUUUGCUCCAUUUCCAACAGGAUUUAUGUUCCAUAGUGAAGGAGGAUUGAUGAGCUUCGAGCAUCCGAUGAACAAGGUAAAGGCAAUGCCGAGGGUGGACAGCCAAGGGGUUAUAUGCGGUGCGAAUUUUAACGUCGAUAAGUUCACUCGCAUCAAUAGCAUGCCUCGCACUGGCAGCGCCAACAAUUGGACUCAAUGGGACACUCAGAUGAAUGAAGCUGCUUGAUAUAUGUAUGUGUGCGUUAGUGCGUACACCUCCAAUAAAACUCAAAAUCUGUGCGGAGCCGUCGUCGACGUCGAACUCGAGUUCCGCCCAACCCUUACUGUCUUUAAAGUUUAUGUCUAAGACGAGGAUCGUACCAUAGGUUGUACAUAUUGAGUAGGCCUUUAAUUGUUUUUUUUUUUUUUUUCUGUUUUCCACAAUGAUGCAGCUAAGUUGAUGAAUGGCUGAAGGUGGUUGAGUUGUUAAUUAGCUGUUAUGUCUUCA